AUGGGAGAAAUCGCGGCCGAAGCCUCUUUGGAGCUCAGAAAGCUCGCGGUGGAUCUGCUCAAUGAAGUGGAUGCGUAUGACACAGCCAACGUCUUGAAUCCCAAGAGCGAUCGCGACUUCAAGUCUAGUAUUAUCCAAAGAGCACAAGCCAUCAUCGACAAGCUCGAGGACACUCCACGGGAGAGGGCUAUGAAUGAUUGCAUCAAGGUCGGCGAAAUGACCGCAAAGCAGCUCUUUAAUGCUUGGGGAGUCUUCCAAAAGAUCCCAGUACAAGGUUCAAUUCCAUACCAGGAGUUGGCUAGUAGUGUUGGAUGUGAGCUGCAGCUGCUGGUUCGCCUCGCGUGGAUGUUGAACUCCACUGGCAUCCUGAAGCAAGUCGGUGAGGAUGCUGUGGCCCAUACUGAAAAGUCCAAAAUGUUCAUCAAUGACAACCCGGACGGGGAUCUCACCAGAAUCGUCUUCGUACAUGGCAUGGUGUCAUUUGCCCAGUUCGAGAAGUAUUUCCAUGCCUACGGGCUCCAAGAACCACGAGGCCGAACACACGUUCCAUACACCUUUGCAUACGGCCAGCCAGAAAAGAACGUUUGGGAGGUCUCUCUCCAGAAUCCUGACGACAAGAGGAUCUUUUUGCGUUCAAUGAAGGCAAUGGGAAUGCUUCUUCCGGCCUGUGGCGUCUACGACUUCUCCUGGAUCUCAGAUGCCGCGCACUCGGGACUAGCUGACAGGCCCCUUUUUGUCGAUGUUGGAGGCGGCAGCGGUCAUGCCAUGAGGAUUAUCUGCGACGACUAUAAUAUACCAUUCGAUCGAUGCGUUCUCCAAGAUCUUGACACAGUUAUUGGCGAGGUCGCCCAAUCUCAAGAUUCUAUUGCCUCACUAGGAACGAAAUUGAUGGCAAUUGAUUUUCACAAGGAACAGCCAGUCAAAGGCGCACUUGUGUACUAUAUUCGUUAUUGUCUUCAUAAUUACAGUGAUGACUUGGUGGUGGAGAUCCUGGUCUGUAUCGCAAGCUCCAUGGCGCAGGAUAGUCGUCUGUUGAUCGCGGAGCAAGUCACGCCGAACCCGCCCUCGGCUCAUACGGCAGCCAUUGAUCUUUUGAUGCUGAGUGUCGGCGGUAAGGAACGGCCGAGACAGGUGUGGAAAGAUGUUCUCGCCAAGGCCGGGCUGGGAAGAGUCGAGUUUUGGACAUCACCGGGCAACCCGCAUGGCAUUAUUGAGUGCUUCAAGAGAUCUUGA